UCUGGUUCCAUCGUAAUUAGGCAGCAAUGCAUUUUAAGUGAUUUGUUAAUUUUGUGGUAGUGACACAAAUGAGUGAUUGAAAUGUGGUGUGAUUGUGUGGUAUAGUGCAAUAUGGAUUUAUUAAAGAAAAAUGGCGUAGAUAAUUUUCUUGGUAGAGAACUAAGGCUGAGUGUGAAUAACCUCAACGUUUGGACUCCUGAGGAAAAAUCAUGGCUCCGACGGGUCACCAAACCCAGGGCCAUGAUCUUAAAGGAUGUUACAGUGUGUAUAGAUCAAGGAGAAUUCAUCGCUAUACUUGGACCGAGUGGUGCUGGCAAAACGACGUUCCUCACAUCAGCAGCUGGUAAAUGCCGGCUGCCUUCUACUGGAUCUGUGGCGGUAAACGGCACGAGUGUCACAGCGCUCAACGGUAUAGCGGAGAUUGUGCCGCAAUUCGAUGUGUUCAUGGAUGGGCUUACAGUUGCGGAACAUUUGGUUUUUAUGAUAGAGAUGAAGCUAGGCAGCUACAAGACGCCUAGUAACAUAUUGCUACUCAACACUUUACUCAGAGAGUUGAAGCUAAAAGCGCACGCGAAGACCAAGAUCUCCUUCCUUUCUGGCGGACAGAAGCGGUUACUUUCACUAGCUGGGACGCUCCUCUCCAACCCUAGGAUCGUAAUCUGCGACGAACCAACCACAGGCCUGGACAGCUACAGCGCAUACCUCGUGAUAAGCAUCUUGAAACAGCUGACGGAGUCAGGCCGGAUCGUCAUCUGUUCCGUCCACCAGCCCUCUUCAGAUCUGUUCAGUCAGUUCAACAAUAUUAUGUUGAUGGCGGAGGGGCGGCUGCUGUUUCAUGGGACGCAGGAGGAGUGUAGGAAAAUGUUUGAGAGCAUAGACUUGCACUGCCCGAACAACUACAACCCAGCUGAGUUUUACAUCAGAGCGGUGUCAUCCCAGGUGGAAACUAACCACGUGGGGAAGAUCCUGGCGAAGUACCAGGACCACUUCCGGCGGUGCGACGAGACUGUUGAAACCAAAGCUAAAUUCAGUGUAUUCCAAAGAAAUUGGUUCGUGCAAGUAUACUUGCUGCUUUGGAGAUCAUCUUUAUCACUCAAAAGGACGUUUGGAAGUCACCUAAUGCAAUUACUUCUUAACAUAGGAGUAUCAGCAAUGGUCAUAUCUACAUGCUACAUCGGCAUAACGGGCACCACGCAGCGCGGGGUCCAAGAUCUACGCGGCUUCCUGUGGCUGUUGAGUAGCGAAGUGUGUUACUCGCUCUCUUACACCGCGCUGUACGUGUUCCAUGAAGACCUGACGCUGUUCAGGAGGGAAGUUGGCAUCUAUAAGGGCUCGGCGUUCUUCGCUUCAAGACUGUUGGGUUUUAUACCUCGCUGCGUCGUGUACCCCGUAGCAUUCAUGACCAUUGCGUCCGUAACUGUGGAGCUGCCAAACAAGAUCCUAACGUCGCUCGAGCUGGUGCUGUCGCUCAUAUGCGGAGGCAUCGCUGCGGCUGCUUACGGUCUUGGCAUGGGUGCAUUAUUCUCCUCAAGCGGCGUCAUGGGUGACGUGAUGCCGUGCGUGGACCUGCCGCUAUCACUGAUGUCGGGAGCUUUCCUGCGCAUAGCCAGCUUGCCUGCCUGGCUGUUCCCUGUCAAAUACAUCUCCCACUUCUAUUAUACUAUGGAGUCUGUCAGCAGUAUUUACUGGACGCAGAUUGAUUAUAUUGAUUGCCCUUCAAACAUGACCUCCUCGUGCGUCAACGACGGCGUCUCCGUGUUGAUAGAGACAGGCUACUCCCCCUCCUACUUCCUACAGGACGGCGCGGGGCUCCUCGCCUUAACGGUCGGCUGGAGCCUCGUCGGAUAUUACGGGCUAUGGAGGGAAGAGAAAAAAGGAUAUGCUUAUUGA